CGGUAGGUGGCGGUAAUGAGUCACAGACAUUGAAUGUUGACACCGUGCUGACAUCGGCUGAAGAAGAGGAGCGCAGGUCCAGUGGAGUUGGGAGCUGUUUGUGUCGCUCACUGGGAGUAAAUCUAGGAAACACACUCCAGCUGCAGAUCAGCAACAUUCAGCUUUGCAUAGCUUCCAAGUGUUUGCUAAGAUGCUGCCAGAAAGCCACUAGAGAUCUGUUCAGAGGACUGCCCAGUACUCCACAUCCUUUCUUUUUUCUUUUUUCUUUCCCCCCCUGAGACAAAUGGUUUUGAGUCAUGGAUCAAGGUGUUGUGGACAGUCCUGUUACCCUCGUCAUCAGGGCACCCAACCAGAAGUACGAUGACCAGACCAUCAACUGUUACCAGAACUGGACCGUGGAGAAGCUCAAAGCACACCUGUCAGACGUGUACCCGAGCAAACCUAGCUCCAAAGACCAAAGGCUGGUGUAUUCUGGGAAACUGCUUUUGGAUCACUUUACCUUAAAAGACGUGCUCAGAAAGCAGGACGAGUACCAUAUGCUCCAUCUGGUGUGCACCUCAAGAACUCCUCCCAGCUCCCCAAAGCCCACCCGCAGCCAUGGCAACAAGCCUCAGGAGAGCUCAGCCAGUCCCACGCCCCUUCAAAACUCUAAUAGUCCUUCCACUGGUCAGCAUAGUCAGUCGUCUACAGGAGAGAGCAGUGAUGGACUCAGACAGCGAACUGGACCCUUCCCUGACCACCAUAUGUAUUCACAAUUUAUGCACAGCUGGAAUCAAUACUCCCCACAGUCAACACCUCCCACAAACAUGAUGCCUGCUUAUUACAACCCCAUGACUCUAAUGUGGUGGCAACAGCUGUAUGCCCGACAGUACUACAUGCAUUAUCAGUUACUGGCUGCCUCCUCUCAACACCUCAGGCCAGACAGGCCAGCGGCUCAGCCUAACCAGCCCGAUCCUCUGAGCCAGCGGCCUCAGGCAGAUCGUCGCGGCAACCCGGAAGUCCAGAUGAACGCCCAGGGAGGGGAGAUCCUGAAUGAGGAAGAGCUGAACCGGGAUUGGCUGGACUGGGUGUACACGUUUUCGCGUGCCGCGAUCUUGCUCAGCGUGGUCUACUUCUACUCCUCCUUCAGCCGCUUUGUCAUGGUGAUGAUGGCCAUGCUGGUGCUCUACCUCCAUCAGGCCGGCUGGUUCCCCUUCAACCUGGAAAAUGAGCUCCUGCUGCCUGGAGACCGAGCCAAUCAGGACGAUCUGGAGGGAGAGCUGCAAAACCACGACUUACAAGAAAUGGAAGGAGUGGCUGAUGACGGCUCGGACGAUGAUGGAGAAAGUGGAGAGGAAGGAGCAGAAGAUCCAAACAGCGCCCCCCACGCAGGCUUCCUGUCCUCCACUUGGUCGUUCAUCAUAACCUUCUUCAUGUCACUCAUCCCAGAGGGACCGCCAAACGCUGCUAACUGAACCACGAGCCACAUUUCUGCGCAGGGUCACACUCUUUUUCUUUAAGAGGAGGGCGAACGUCCUGCCUGCUUAGGGAAGCUCUUUCUGUUGCAAUGCAGUGUUAUAGUUUCCCACUAGUCUACUUUACUACAUAUCUAAGACUUUGAGCCAAAACAGAAAUGACUGAGUAAAGCUGGAGAGAGAGAGGUGGUCAUUUCAUACUGAGGUUUUUGUUUGUUUGUUUGACAAAGACAAAAAUUUCAUACUAUCAAAUGACAGUAACGUUAGUUUAACUGCUGUAUACAAGGACUGCUAGUAAUGCCUUGUAAACAUAGUCAGAAUAAUAAUAGUGUCUGCCAGUGCAUUGUUUAUGUAAUUUAUAAAAUAAAGACAGCGGACACAUUUCUAAAGAAAACUUGUGUUUAACAACCUGAAUCUCUAUUUUUUUUUUCUUUGUAAGAAGCUGCAAUACUUGUUGAAAUAGUUUUUUUUUUUUUUUUGUAAUGGUGGUUGUAUCCAAAUAAGACGUUUUUAAAAAGGGCCACAUUAGUCCAAAAGCUGAACUUCAGCCACCCUGAAUCCUGUAGAGCGUGCGAUCAUUAACAUGAGUGAUUUUUUUGGCCUGAGAGUUGAUAAAAAAAAAAAAAAAAAUGUGUGUGAACACAUUGUGUACCGUGUUGAAGUGAUGUCUGCUGACAGAAGUGUGAUUUUAACUAACGUGAAACAACAUACCACUAAUUCUCUGAACCAAGUGAGCGAUCUUCCACGUUGACGACGUCAAACAGGACGUGUGACGACAUGUUCAGUCAUAUGGCAAUGAGCGGACAAAGAGACACUUUUAAAAUGUCCUACUGUUGAAUAAAGCACUGCCACACUUCAGAGUUCAUUCAGCAUUUGAGUUUGUGAAAGUGGCUGACGCUGUUACCUUUUAAAAUGUUGUGUACCAGUAAUAAUAUUCAUGUUUAUUAAAACUUCAUUCAUGGUAA